AUGGAAGGAGACAAUCAACACGGACAAGAUGUCACCGAAUUCCGAGCUGGCCACGAAUUCGACGUUAAGAAACUUGAAAGCUACCUGGUCCAACAUGUCUCUGAUCUCGUAGCUCCUAUUGAGCUCAAACAAUUCAAGCUUGGACAAUCAAAUCCAAGUUUCUUUGUCGUGGACGCCAAAGGCUCCAAGUUCGUAGUGCGCAAGAAGCCUCCAGGUUCUCUCAUCAGCAAGCAAGCCCAUGCAGUCGAACGAGAAUACAAGGUAAUCCGUGCCCUCUCCCAAAACUCCAACUACCCAGUCCCCAAAGCCUACGUGCUGUGCGAAGACUCGUCCGUAAUCGGAUCCCCCUUCUUCGUCAUGUCCUUCAUCGCAGGCCGCAUCUUUUCAUCCCCACUCCUGCCAACCGUGCCAUACAAUGAUCGACGAACAUACUACUUCGAAAUGAUUGAUCAGAUGGCGCAUUUGCACAAGAUUGAUGUCAAGAAGGUCGGGUUGGAAGAUUAUGGACGUUUGGGAGGGUAUUAUGAGAGGCAAUUGAAGAAUUUGUCGAACUUGUCUAAAGUUCAAGGAAGCGUAAAAGACAAGACUGGAAAUCCAAUUGGACCAAUGACACGACAAGACGAACUUGAAGAUUGGUUGAGGAAGAAUAUGGUUGCUGAUGAAGUAACACUCUUCCACGGCGACAUUAAAAGUGACAAUGUCAUAUACGACAUGAACGAGCCUAAGAUUGUUGCUGUUUUGGAUUGGGAACUAAGCACAAUCGGCCACCCCUUAGCAGACUUGGCCCACACACCACAAAUGUGGUACACCCCUGCUCCCAAAGGGUUACGUGAUGCCCCCCGUCCUCUCCCUAUUCCGGAAGCUGAUGAGCUCAUUAGACGAUACUGCCAAACAGCAGGCCGUGAAUACCCAAUCAAGAACUGGGCUUUUUGUAUUGUGUUUGCCAUGUUUAGAGGUACUGUCAUAAGGCAAGGUAUCGCUGCACGAGUUGCUCUUGGUCAGAACAACUCAGCAUACGCAGCAAACUACGUCAAUUUCCGUGAAUUGGGUGAUAUCUGUUUGGAAGUUUUAGAUGGUGGUCCGUUGAGUAAGCUGACUGGAUUUGGCAGUUCUGCCAGUCAGAAAUUGUAA